AUGUAUCAUUCCGAGCUGACGGACUUCCUGCUCGGGAAUAAUAAGGACCCAGAAUACCGUAUUGCCAGACGAGGAGUUCCCAACCAUCGCACCCAAUUCCGUACCCAGGUGUUGAAGGUCAUCAAUGAUCCCAGCUUUCAACAAAUUAAAAGAGCUCGAAAGGCUGCGAGAAGUUUCAGCUACGAACGACUCAAUUUUAAGGACAGCGGUAGCCAAGUUCGCCUCCUACGCAUACACCCACAGCGCAUCGAAGAGCCCGUAGUUUGCGAGCUUUACGUCGUGGACUUGGAGUCGGUGAAGAACAAAUUCGAAGCCCUAUCCUACGUUUGGGGUGACGGCGAACUUGAUCAAAUCAUAUCAAUUCACUGCGUUGAGAUUGACGAACAGAACCACCUUCAAUGUGGACCAGCUCAAGAUUUCGCUGUCCGAACGAAUUUACAUCAAGCCUUGAAGAACGUACGUCAUACCACGAAGUAUAUCAAUCUUUGGGUGGAUGCCAUAUGCAUAGAUCAAAGGGAAAAUUCGCGUGCUACCGCGGAGAAGGAUAUGCAAUUGUCCAUGAUGAGCAAGAUCUACAACUCCGCCAAAAGUGUGUGUAUAUGGCUUGGAGAUCGCGACGAGCAAACAAGCAAAGCUCUCAGCUUCAUUCAAGAGAUCAGCAAUUUCGAGCAGCUCGAAGCAUGCCUUCGUAGCGGUGAUGAUGUCACAAUCGGCCAAUGGAGAACGCUUAUCAAAACCCUGCAAGAGACGCAGUGGUUCAGUCGACGUUGGAUCAUACAAGAGAUCGCCUCAGCACGAAGUGCUUCGGUUCAUUGCGGAGACCACGUGGUGCACUGGGAUGAUCUCGCGGUUGCCAUUUCAAGUUUGGAAGAGAACCAAGCAAUGUUGGAACGGAACUUCUCUUCAAAGGCGAUAUUCGCCCAGGUGUCACCUCUGAGCGCAACUCAGCUGGUCAGAUCCUUGACACAAGUCUGCCGACAGUAUGACGACGGAGAGAUAGCGGAAAGGCUGCUCGAUCUUGAGACUCUUGUCUGCACUUUCCAACAAUUUCAAGCCAGGUUUCCCGAGGACGUCAUCCAUUCGGUACGAGCUCUCGCAUCCGAUCCGCCAGGGUCAAAAGAAUCUGACCUUAGCAUGGACAGCAUGACGAGUACUCCAGAUCUGUUCAUCGCAUUUGUGCAUCGUUGCAUUGAGCGAUCAGGCUCCCGAGACAUCAUCUGUCGACAUUGGGCCCCACCAGUGACUGACAACUUAGGCGAACGUAUUCGGCUACCUUCAUGGAUAUCAGAGCUCACGAAUCGUCCAUUUGGUUUGCCAGGCACGUCUCAUGAGAGGCAAAAUGGCGAAAACUUCGUCGCUAUAUCUCCUAUUUAUCCACACCGCGGGUGGAAGCAGUACAAUGCAUCAGGAGAUUGGAAAGCUGAGCAGGACGAGCAGUUCAGCCAGAGAAAUCGACGGACUAGAGAGUCAGUAGCAUAUACUCGAAGGUCAACUGGCCCCUUUGCUGUAUUUACCCCUUCGAAGGACAUCAACGGUACAGUGCCGGCCGAUGACGACGAUGCCCAGUCUUACCAAACUACCGGUUCCGAAGUUGGCUCGAAUGCCAACACGGAGGAUGAGUUCCCAUCGCGCGAUCUUAUACAAGAGCCUCGCCCACUAUUGCAUAGGGGUAUUAGCUUCAGGCCUGUGGAGGAAGCUACCACACCAAACAACGUUCCUUCAAGUAAAGGUCACAAGCGUUCUGCAACUGCCCCUUCACGAGGAGGAAGUAAAGGAGAAGUUUCCUGGAGUCCGAUCUCAUCUGCUUCAAUCAAACCGAUAGCCGUCAAAACCUACAUACAAAAGUUCAAACAAGAGUUGCAUCACACACAGCGUGUUGGAUAUCUGAACGUCCCAGGUUUCGUUUUGGGUACCGUUGAGAGCCGAUCGGAUAAGAUGCGAGAGGGUGUUAUACCGGGUGAUUGGAUAGCGAAGCUGAGGCAGGACGGUAACCACCGAAGAGCUACCGUUCCUGAUCGUUUAUGGCGAACACUUGUUGCCGACCGCACUGAGAAUGGCAGCAAUCUGCCGGAAUGGUACAAAAAAGCGUGUCUUCACUGUCUUGAAGACUCGCGCUUCGUCAACAGCCAAGGAGAUCUGAACACCAAUAAAUCACUUUCAGAUAGCCUUCCCGAUAGCAUGACCUCAAAAUACCUGGAGAGGGCCAAGAGCGUAGUCUGGAGGCGUCGCUUCAUUCAAUUGCAAGUGAAAACAGCUGAUGGGAGCGAGACGGUAUACGGACUGGGCCCCGAGAACUGCAAGAAAGGCGAUAUCACAUGCAUCAUCAGUGGUUGCACGGUGCCUGUCAUACUGAGGAAGAUUGAAGAACCUUCAAUGGAUACUCCUGACGGAUCUGCAGGUGCGUUUACUCUUAUAGGCGAAGCUUACGUACAUGGGAAGAUGAACGGGGAAGCUGUGAAAGACCAUGAGUUCAUCAAAAAGCUUAAGAAGACGUUUGAGCUAAGAUGA